ACGAUCCCGGCGCAUUCCCCUUGGUCUCGCCGGCGGUUCCCAGGCAACCGCGACACAAAUCCAGGAAAACGUCCGGGAAAGACCCCUCGAUCGUUCCUCUGAUCGUCUGAACGCGGAAUAACUGCAGGACGUGUCUGCUCAGAAGGAUUCCUGCCCGGUAGAUUUGCGAAAACAUGGCGACUUCUCCUCUCCCUGUCGUAGAUAGCAGAGAUCCCCGUCUGAAACUCAAGGUGGAAAACAGAAUAAGAAACGUUUUCGUCACACAGUCGGAAGACACCAGACACGGAGAGGAGAAAGAUGUCAAUCACAUACCUGUUGUAACAGAGACUCCUGGUAGAGUCCUUGAGGCAGGAGUGAACACUUUGCAAAAGACCCUGGUUUUGAAGAAACGGGCUGAGUUGGACGAGGUGGACAAACUACUUGCACUCAAACGGCAAGAGUUUGAGAGCUGUGUGGAGGCUCUAGCACAGAGAAAGUCUGAACUUGAGAUUAAACAACAGCAUACUAAAGAGAGGGCGAUCAAAUUUGAGAAGUUUGUGGCUGAAAAUGAAGUGAAGCGAUGUAGAGCGCUGAAUAAGUAUGAAGCUGCACGGGAGCAGAACAUUUUGAAGCUGAGAGAGAUAGAAGAUCUGACAGAACAGCUGGAACAACUUCAGGUUAGGCAGCAAGUUUUAAAAGACAGAAUGGCAAAAUACAAAAUCUAUGAGGACUACUUGAUAAAAACACUAGAUUUUCUCCCCAGCACUUACCUUGAUAAUGGGUCUGAAUCUUUGGUUAUGCCCAUCAUUCGGCGUCAUGAGACCCUGUCCAUCACCAACCAGGAGCUGCUGCAACGUUUGGGACGCCUGGAGGAGGAGGUGGAGGAGGGCCAGCGACAACUGCAGACCAUGAAGCAGGAGCACAGCAUGAAGAAACUGAUGGCCAACAAAGAACUGUCUGAACUCCAGAGUGAGUUAGAAACCCUCAAAGAGAGGAACAAGCAGGCAGAGGUUAACCUGCUGAUGGAGCAAGGCCUGUCCAGAGAGAAGGUUGAGGAAGUGGGAAGCUUUCUUAUGGCCAUCAACGACCUCGCAGAGCAGUGUUAUAUACCAACAUAUGGACCUCUAGGAAACAUGAACGUAUUGACAAAGAUGGAGAUGGUGAAGGAAUACAUUCUGGACAAGGCAGACACGGAGAAGAGAGCGAGGAGACUGAUGGAGUCUGGGUCUGCAUUGACAAGCAGAACAGCUUUGACAGACAAAAGAGAGAGGGGAUCAAUGAAAAGCAUCCGCAGUAAAACACACAAAAGUUCAAGUAAAGUCAGUAGAAGGAGUGAGACAAUGGGUUGAUGUAGACCUUUUACAACAUAUCAUGGUAAUCUACAUUUGUUAAACGCAUGAAAGUUCAUUUUUGGGAAAAAGUAGUUCUUUUCUUUUCAAAUGUAGAACAUAACUAAGAAACCUACAUAAGAUGAUGUGAUAUGCAGUAAAAAUCUCUGGAAAAAGCUAGUAAAUGACCCAUGUGUUAAGAUUUUUUUGUCAACAUUUAAGAUCGGUGUGACUCUUAAAUUUCUUUAAGUUUGUGUAACAGAGUUUCGUUGUUUGAAGCUCUACAUGCAAAAGGCUAUGCAUAAAUUUUGUACUUAAAAUUUCAUAUCCAUGUUGAAAAUAAGGUGAUGAAGUGUACUCGAGUAUCAGAACUUUGUAAAUGUUUAUCUCUGGAAUGUAGUCAUUGUUGUAUUUUAAAAUAAAAUGUUCAUCAAAUGAUGCUGUCAGACAGGAAGUCACAGUCAUCAAAACCGUGUAUGCAAUGGUAUGUAUGCAAUUUUCCUAGAUUUAGAUUAUACAUAUGGUAUGGACUGUCUGUGAUAAUAUACAUUUUAUUUAUUAAAUAG